AACAUGCUCAUCCAUUUUUUCAUAUUGUGAUUAAUUUUGUGUGAUCUGAUUAAAAUUCUGUUUAUUUUUGUUUGGUGGAUGGUGUCAUUGACUUAUAAUGCUGGUGAACUGGGGAAUACAUGACUUUGGAUUCACAGAUCCUAAUGGACCGAUGAUCUACAAAGGAAUAUACCAUUUAUUUUACCAGUACAACCCUGGAAGUGCAGUAUGGGGAAACAUCACAUGGGGUCAUGCUACUUCAGCUGAUCUUGUCAACUGGAUUAUUCAUCCUAUUGCUCUUUUUCCUUCAGACCCAUCCUAUGACAUCAAAGGUUGUUGGUCAGGUUCCGCUACAAUUCUCCAAGAUGGCACGCCAGCUAUACUCUAUACUGGAAUAGACUCGAAUAAUAAUCAAGUCCAAAAUCUAGCCGUGCCCAAAGAUCCAUCCGACCCUUAUCUAUUCGAAUGGAUUAAAUCACCUCAUAAUCCGAUUAUGGAACCUAAUGAUGUGAACAAAAUCAAUACUACUUUAUUUAGGGACCCGACUACAGCUUGGUUAGGCCUCGAUGGGAAAUGGAGAGUCAUCGUAGGGAACGAAAGAGAACAAAAUACUGGACUCGCUCUUUUGUACACUAGCGCGGAUUUUGUACAUUGGACAGAAGCAGAACAUCCCCUGCAUUCAUCGAACGAAACUGGAAUGUGGGAAUGCCCUGACUUUUUUCCGGUAUCAAAAGACAAACAUGUACUUAAGGCUAGCGUGUUUCGAUCUCUGGUUGAAUAUUACACGGUUGGAACGUAUGAUCGUCACACGGAUAUUUAUGUUCCGGAUGCGGGAUCUGUAGAUAAUGAGUCAGGAUUAAGAUUAGAUUAUGGAAAGUACUAUGCUUCCAAGUCCUUCUAUGACAGUGACAAGAAGAGGAGGAUUUUGCUUUCUUGGAUCAAUGAGUCUACAAGUGCCAACAUUGAUAUAAUGAAAGGAUGGUCUGGUCUUCAGGCAUUUCCUAGAAAAAUUUGGCUGGACAAAUCUGGGAAGCAAUUGCUUCAAUGGCCAGUAGAAGAAAUAGAAAAGCUGAGGACAGACCAAGUUAAGUUACCAAUUACAAAACUAAAAGCAGGUUCAGUGGUUGAAGUUUCAGGUGUCACCGGUGCACAGGCGGAUGUAGAAAUCUCCUUCUCAAUCCCAAUGCUUGAGAAAGCAGAGGUUCUUGAAUCAAGCUGGACAAAUCCACAAGAGAUAUGUAGCCAAAGAGGUUCAUCAGCCAACAGUGGUGUAGGUCCUUUUGGUUUGCUUGUCUUGGCCUCAAGUAACAUUCAAGAAUUUACUGCAGUCUUCUUUAUAGUUUUCAAGAAGGAUGACAAGUUUGUUGUGCUUAUGUGCAGUGAUCAGAAAAGGUCGUCGUUGGAUCUUGAUUAUGACAAGACCACUUAUGGAGGCUUUUUGGAUGUUGAUCCUGUUAAGCAACAUUUGUCAUUGAGGACUUUGAUAGAUCACUCCAUAGUAGAAAGCUUUGGCGGAGGGGGAAAAACUUGCAUUACAGCUAGGGUUUACCCUACAUUGGCCAUCAACGACAAGGCCCGCAUAUUUGUUUUCAACAACGGAUCACAGCAUGUUGAGAUCUCCAAUUUAAAUGCUUGGAGUCUAAAGCAAGCUCAGAUCAACUGAUGAAGAUGACUUUUCAUUGACCAAUAAGUUCAUCAAGGAUGAUCAAGUUCUUAUUCAAUCUCCCGAAGAAGAUUACUAUUCAUCGACCAAUAAGUUUAGCAGGGAUAAUCAAGUUCUUCUUCAAUUUCAAUUAGAAACUCAAAGUUUGUUUUAUGAUUUAAUAUUGUCAUGCAUUAAAUCAACUAAAGAAUGUCUCCACCUGA